GAAUAUUUUCACAAAACCAAAGAUCUCACUCAUAUGAAAUUUGAAAUAAUUAGCAAUUUAAAAAAAUGUAUAAAUAAAUUUAGGAUUAAUAAGUGAUUGAAAUAGCAAAUGUCAUCAUUCUUCUUUCCAAUGAAACCAUUUUUGCGGAAAUAUCUUGAUUUUAUACAAAGUUAUUUCAAUUUAAAAAGUACCACACGCGCCUCAUAUUUCACUGAUGAAACAGGCAGAAAUCACGAUAGUCCCCAGGGGAAGUAAAUCACCAGUUACGUCAGUUAUCUUGCUCCGAUCGCUGUGUGCAUGGGGUAUACUAUUGAUGAAUGAAACGAGCACCUGCUGUGCAAAUUUGACAUUUUUUGAUGAAGAUUUAGUUGUCUUCAAGGUAUCACACCGGUAAUUGUCCAAUCAAAAUGAACUUAGUCAAUUGUAGUUCCAUAUAUUUAAAGAAAUAUUUUUUUCCUUGCGCGAUUUUUCUCAUUUCCUCUUCUUCUUUUCUCUUAAUUUUUGUACCCCUGAUUAGGAAAUUUUGUGUAAUUUGUAGAAAUAAUCAAGUGUAUACAAAGGAACUAUUUGCUGUUGGUAGCUGAGGCUACUUCCUGAGGUGCACUCCGGCUGUUUACACACAUGUGAAAAACACGUGGAUUUGAGGGUAGUCUUGUUUGCGGGUAAUUUUUUUUCGAAAAUGCCGCGUAGGGUGUUGUUUUUCUGGUGUCGGCAGACGAGAUAGGUAAAAUAGAACGUGUCUGACUGCGUUAUUCGGCAUCAAUUUUGUAAACUGAUUUUUAAUGAUUUUUUCCUCUCUAUAGUAAUAUAUAGUGAAAAUAAUUACCGGUGUGAUACCCAUCGUCGGAAACCCACGGUUGAUUACGCUUCGUUCCUCUCUCCAUCACCCGUGGGUCCAUUCAUACCUAUUCGCUCGUUCUCAUGAAUAAUAUCUAAAAAUAUUGUCCAAUCAAAGUAAUCGUUAUAAUAACGGAACUCUUCUGUUUUUAAAGGUAGCAUUACUUAACUGCUACCACAGCAAAUAUGGCCGCGCCUGUAAAAUAUUGCGUGCUUUGCCAAAAGACCAUCACUGACCGAUCAUACAGGUCUCUAUCGUCAGCCACGAGUCAGGAACAGUACAAGGAUGUGUACAAACUUAUGUACGUUCCAAGCAUAAAAGGAUUUGCAUGUAAUUCCUGUGCCAACAAGCUCAACCGCGUUCAAAAGCUCAACAACGAUCUGAAAACUAAAUUAAUUAGCAUAAAAGACGAACGAGAUAAGCUGUUAUCCACGUUGAAAGAUAUGACAGGUGUUCGAAGUCUUAAAGACAAACUGUCAACGCCUAAAGGGACAAAACGAGUGUUAAGUUCAUUAAAACUCACCCCAACUCCAAAAUCAAAAGUAAAAAAGGGUUUGUUUUUAAGUCCUAGUUCUUCAAGCAAAAGAAGAGUUGAACCUGUAAAGUGCCACGAUGAUAAAAAGAUUGAUGAGUGUACUCAAACGAAAGACCAGUCUGAGGAAUUUGACGUGAAGAUAGUAGUGAAGUACAGUGGUGUUGAAAGAUUAAAGAUUAUCAAAGAAGAACACGAGCAGGCAGCUUUAAAGUCAUUGCUGAAUAAUGCCUCACCUCGAGCAGUGCUGAAGAAUUUAAGUUUGAAUGAAAAUUACAAGAAGGAAAUGUUUGACAUUGUUAAAAAUGUGAUACUAAAUGAAAUAAAACAUAUUUCAAAAAAGGAUAGUGAAAUAUUCAAAGGACAUGCAUCCAACAAUGAAAAACUUAUAAAAUUUGACUGGAAAUGUACAAGUCAGCAGCUCCAACUAAAGGCACCAUAUCUGUAUUCAGUAUUUAGCAGUGUUGUUGGCUUGCAAAAGAAGAAAAACCUACCACAGAUGCUUACAUCCCUUGCUGUACUUUUGUAUGGAAGAUCACAGACCAUUAACCAGUUGCAAUACAUACUAGGCUUAAUUCUCCAGAAAUGUGGCUUGAACAGAGAGGGAAUGAAUAUCAUUCAUGACUUGGGAAUAACAAUUUCCCCUACAAGUCUACACAAGAAAACAAAAGAGCUUGUGAAGCAGCAAGAAAAUCGACUCCAUUCAAUGAUGACAUCUUAUGUUGAGGAGAUUGAAAGCAGGCAUGAGAUGGGGAAUGAAACUGCUGCAGAAGAACAAAUGGAUGCAGAGGAAGUUACAUGUAACAAAAAGCUGAGACCAAUUGAAAUACUAGGGAAUUUAUCAGCUCUUCUACAAAGAGAAAAGCAGUGCAGAUAAAGGGUCUUUAUACCAGUUGCGGAAUCUGAUUAAUAGACGAAAUGUUUCUGGCCCUGAAGAAGUCAAUUCAAGCUACAGAGCACAUCAUGACUUCAUAACAGACAUCACAGACUCGUACAUUGUUGCAGCAUUUCUAGAUCUCAUGCAAAUGGAGGAUUUGAGUUGUACACCUAAUCCGAUACCCUUGUUUUCGUUGAUGUCUGAUAAUCAGAAAAAUGAGUGGCUUCUGAAUGCAGCAGAAAGAGUUUUGAAUGAGCUGAAAGUAAGCAAAGUUUCCUUUCAGGAUAUCGUUGAUGACAUGGGGGCUCUGGACGGUGAUGUAAAUAACCUUGAUGCUAUGAAGUCUGCUGAUUUCUUUUUAUGUGCAGUAUGUGGAAAACAAUAUCAUAAAAGAGGCUGGCUUAAAAAACAUCUAGAAAAGAAACAUCAUUGGAAAUUUCAUAUUCCGAAGGGAAACUCUGUGUGUUACAAUCCCAUACAGACUUUUCUAUUCAUGUCUUUGCUACACAGAGACACCUGCGACUCGUAUCGAAUGGGUGAUGGUGAUAGAAUCGUACGAAAUGUGUAUUUUGAGUGGUUAUUCGCAUCAGGACUGAAGCACUCAAAGUAUAAAAUCUGGCUUUUCAGAACUCUUUGCUACAUUUAUCUUCUAAGUCCUGAGCUGAGUUUCGAAUACAAAUGGAAUAUGACAGUAAAUUUAAAAGGUGGAACUGGACAGUGUAUUCCCAAUGAUAACUGUGUUGAGUUACAAGUGGGCAAUAUAAAGAGCCAGUUGAACACUCAGGGUUCUAACAAGUCAUAUAAGUCAGCAAAACAAAUCUGUAUGACUACUCAAGUCAUUGAUGCUGUAAAAGAGAGUCUUAUGUCGUCCACAAAAACAGCAAGAUCCAAAAGCAGUCGACCAGUGGUUGACAAGAUGAAGGACAUUGUGGCCGUUAUAAACUGCUUAAGAUCUAAAGACUUCGUUAAAGACUUAACAUGGUCAAGUUUCCACAAUUUUAAAGAUCCAAUCAGUGGUAUUGACUGUAAAGAUUUGCAUGAGUGGAUUUUUCAUCAGAGAGAAGUUGCCAAUCAGUAUAUGAAAUAAUGUAAUGAUACUUGAACAUGUUAAGUGUUCAAAAUAUCAGAGUAUAAAUGGAGUAGAUUGGGAGUUUACAACUAAGAUUACAUAUAUCUGAUGUUAAUAAAUUGGUAUUUACUCAAA